AUGGCAAGUGCAGCACGGGAAUGGAACAAAGCUUUAUCCGCCCUUCGUAGAAGCCACCAGUGGGAGUCGGUACUCGAUCUGGUGGCAACCAUGCGAAGGGUUUCAGUGUCACCAGAUGCAGCUUCACUGAACAUCGGCAUCGCCGCCUAUCAGCACACGUCUAGAUGGAGGCCAGCUCUGCAGUUGCUGGCAGAGUUUGGCAAGGGAAGCUCUGGAAUUGGCUCUGGUCUGCGGGCAGGGCUGAUUUCGUUUAACACCUGCAUUUGCUUUGAUGGCUGCCGUACUCCCUUUUGGCCUCAGGCUUUGUCACUGCUUGGUGAAGUCGUGCAGCAAGGUAUGUGGCCCGACGCGUUCAGCUUCACUGGCGUGAUGCGGGCUCUCAGGAGUGCCUCAGGAAGCGGAUGGCUGCGUUCCUGGCUGCUCCUGUCUCAGCGACAUCGCACAAGCGUGGUGAUGCAUAACUGUGCACUGUCUACAUUGUCUGCCGGUGAGGGAGCAGGUUCAUGGAUUACGGCCUUAUGCCUACUGGAAAGCAUGGACACGUCUUCAUGCCUUCCAGACGUGGUCAGCCUGACAAGCGCAAUCAGCUCCUGUGAAGAGAAGUGGAGGUACUCACUAUCACUCCAAAAGCGAAAGCUUGAGCAGAUUCAACCGAAUUUGCACACUUGGAACGCGAUGCUGGGCUCCUGUACCUCGGCGUCGGAAUGGCAAUUUGCACUGUGUCUCUUUGUUGGUUCACUUGGUUUAGGAGUCAAACCUGACACAAUCUCGAUGAACAGCCUUGCCAUCACCUCGAGUGAUUCCGAUGAGACGUGCUUCUGGAAGUUUGCUACGCACUUACUUCAAUCAAUGCAUGGUGCAUUUCUGUUUCCACGGUGGGCAGUACGGCCAGACGAGAUUAGCUACAACAGCGCGAUGACUUCCUUGGAAAAAGCAGGAAGUUGGAUGCGGUCAUUGGGGCUGUCAAGCCACAUGUCCAAGAUGCUGGUCCGGCGCACAGUUGUAUCACUUGGAAGAACCAUUUGUGCCUGGACCAGGGGCACGUGUUGGUCCCAUGCACUGCAAGCCUUUACAGAAAUGACUCGAUCACGGAUCCGUGCAAACCUGAUCGCUUUCAACAACGCCUUGGACGCGUGCGAGAGUGAGUGGUGCUCAACGCUUGAGUUGCUAGAAGGGCUGCGAUUAAGCGGGUUUGGCGGCAACGCAGUAAGCUACAGCUGUGCUGCCAACGCGCUGACAAGGUGUGCUGACUCGGCGCUGUGGCCUUUGUCCUUGAACUUGUGGCAUCAUAUGUCGCGAGAGAGUGUUGACUCCAACGAAGUGGCGCAUAACGGCUUCAUAAAUGCUUGUGGAGGGAGCAGCUGGAACAUGGCGCUGGAGCACGUUUUUUGUAUGGGAUCCUCGCGCAUAAUCCCGAAUCUCAUCAGCAUAAACUCUGCCCUGGCAGCUUGUCAGUCAAUGUCUUGCUGGCUCUCUGUGCUGAGUUUAUUGGACUACAUGCCGCUGGCGAAGUUGAUGCCGGACUUGAUCAGCUUUGCGGAUGCUGCCGAAGCAUGUGCCCGGGCAGGCCAACUGCAUCCUACCUUGAGGCUUCUCAACAUCUGUGACAUGAACAGCUUCAGCGUUGAUGGGAGAAAAAUGGCAGCAGCAUCCUGA